UAGUAGGCUGUUAGAAUUCCUAACAACUUUCAUGGCCAGAGCACUGUAGAUUAAAAUCACCAAGUAAAUUGAUCUCCUGAAGCACCCUUGCUCAACAGGAAACAGGAGGAAAUGAACUCCCUCAAUGUAAACAGUCAGUUUAAUGUAAUUAUCACUUUGAGGUUUUACUAAUGGCUGCUCUUUCAUUUCAAAUGUCCACAAUGUUCCUUGCAGACCUCGUCCCGAUUUCUUUUACCGCUGCUUUCCAGAUGGAGACAUGAAGUCUAACAUGGACUGCACAGGUGAUCCAGAUGUGGUCUCCGAAGGCAGGAAAAGCUUUCCAAGUAUCCAUUCUUCCUUUGCAUUUUCAGGCCUUGGCUUCACCACCUUCUACUUGGCUGGGAAGUUGCAUUGCUUUACCGAGAAAGGCCGUGGGAAAAGCUGGCGGCUCUGUGCGGCGAUUCUACCUCUGUAUUGCGCCAUGAUGAUCGCUCUGUCACGCAUGUGCGAUUACAAGCAUCAUUGGCAAGAUGCCUUUGUCGGAGGGGUCAUCGGCCUCAUGUUUGCUUACAUUUGCUACAGACAACACUAUCCUCCGUUGGGUAACCUGUCUUGUCACAAGCCUUACGUCAGUCUGCUUGCUCAGACCGUGCUGAAGAAAGAAGAGGCGCCCACAGUGGAUAAUGCAACCAGCCUGCCUCUGGAAGGGAUAACAGAAGGUCCGGUAUGACUAAUACACAUGCAGGAUGAACUUCUAGCCCUUUCAUACAUUCCGUCAAUCCAAACUGGUCUCUCUGCAUAACAAAUGUCUCUUAAACAGCUGUGAUUCUGCCAUACCCCCCCUACUUUUCCAUAUCCUUUUCUUUCCUAUCAUACACCUCUGUCCUGUGUUUCCCACACCCUCUGUUUCAUGCAAAAGCAAUGGUUGUUUAAGGGGACAAAUACACAACUAAGAUCCAUGAGACGCCACUCAUGACUACUAAUCUCUAUUUACAUGGCACUUCCAGCGUGCAGAGUGCUAGCUUAUUCAUACUUACCAACAGCCAUCUGAGGCAGGUCAUUAUUAUUCCCAUUUUAUAGAUGGGUGGCAGAGGCUGGAAGAGAAUGUGUUGCUCAAGGCCACCCAGUGAACCUGUGGCUGAGCUAGAACGCGGAUCAGGACCAACUCUUACUCGGAUGGACCAUAUCGACUGCAAAGGGAUUAAAUAUCUUCUGCUAAGAAGUUAAAGGCAUUAUGAACUGUGAUUGGCGCCACACCUUCUUUUCCGAAGGCAUUCAACAUGUAUCGAAAAGGUUUAUUUCUUUUAUGUCUCAUAACUCUGUACGCGGUUACGAGAGCAUUCUGCGUGUCUCCCAGUUGUUUAACACAUAGCAGUGCAAAUAUCUUUGUGCUGCCCAUCAAGUCUGGCAGUGUGGUUCUGUACUGACUAUAAAUGAUGGUUUUAAAUAUACAAAAGAGCAAGAACUGGAGGAAGCCAAGAUUGCAGGCAUCAGUCAUUCCUGAGCAAGAUGUCCUCAGCACAGUUAUGCAAAGACCUUGGAACUCUCAGCUGGCAAUAACGUAUAUUGAUAGGAUCACUUGGACACUCUUAAUAUUAACACAUUAGCGGAACUUUUUUUCCUUUCCCUUGAGAGCAUAAUUUACAUUCAAGCUGAAUAACUCAUUGCCAAACAGCAAGUUGUAGUCCUUUUUUAAAAGAAACAAAACAAAAAAACCUAACACCGAAAAUAUCCUGAAUUGUGAAGGUGAAAAAAACCACAUUUUUGUGAAUAUGUGAGCUAGAGUCACAUUAGUCUAAUAGGUUUCUCUUCCUUUGUUUAUUAGCUGGGGGUUUUGAAAGUUUGCCAUUCAUGGCAAUCUGUCUUUGGGAAGAUUGGGUCUCCCUGCCCCCACCAACGCUAUAUUAACUUGUGUUAUCUUCUGCAUCUGCAAUUCUGAAUCUAGCACUUCCUCAAGCACCUUGUUUGGGAGGCUGCUGUUAUAUUACUACAAGUGCAUGCAUGGGAGAGGUGUGUGUGUCAGCACUCAGUGGCAUAUAUGUGAACAAUCAUAGACCUCAUUCCAGAAGUCUGUGGCAAAAAGCGAGGACUCCCAGCCGAGCAUGCUGCUUUGGUGAACUCCAUAGGGACACUUCACUCGUCUGCAGCCUUUCGCUUAUGCGAGGUUGUUGGCAGUGUUCGAAGUCUGAACUAGUCCACUGUCUUUUGAUAAGGACCUCAGGCUGCUGUACCUCAGGUUUGUGAACCUGCUGUGAUAUUUCACAGGUGUGCACGAGACUGCAUCUAUUGAGAAAAGGGUUUAUAUCCUGUUCAUUAUUCCAUCAGUCCCUCUUCAGAUUUCAGAUAUCUCAGCGAAAACUCACGAAGUCAUUGGCCAUUGUGAAAUCAUGUCCCUUUUGAUGACAGAAAGAAAAACAUGCCACUGAAAUCUUAAUAAAAGCGUAUUAGGGAAGAAGAUGUUUUAUGUAAUAAUCUGACAAUGGGAUUUUUUGGUUUGAUCAGCUAGCUAGACUAACGGAGGCUGCUUUGAUCAAUGCUACCCAUUUUGGUGCUUUCAGCUGGAAGGGAUUGCUACCAUAGCUAUACUUAUACCUAAUGUGUGCCUGAUGGACUAUGCUAUGGCCUAGUCUGUAAUUUAACAAGUUCACAUCCCCCUAUAAAAACUGAGCAUUUUCUUUGCCAAUUUUUUCCUUUUUUGCGAGGGGGCAGGGGUUACUUGAAGGAAGUGAUUUUUGGUUGACAACUAUGAUUUUUUAGGGUCAAAGGUGAGAACAGAUGAACCCCCCUUUUUAAAAAGUAGAUCCAUUGUACACAGUAAAAUAAUAAAAAUACCCGA